AUGAGUGGGCCUGCCUUCCCAUCUCCGGCUGCCGAGAUGGCGGAAAUUAGUCGCCUUCAGUACGAGAUGGAGUACACCGAAGGGAUCAGUCAGCGCAUGAGGGUCCCAGAAAAACUCAAAGUAGCUCCUCAGAACGCCGACCUCGAGAAGGGCGCCCAGGAAGGGUUUCCCAACGCCAGCGUCACUAUGCAGGUCCCAGAGCGGAUUGUAGUGGCAGGUAAUAGUGAAGACAUUCCACUUUCCAGACCACCAGACCUUGACCUUCUUCAGACUACUCCAUUCAAACCACUGGCAUUGAAAACUCCUCCCCGUGUUAUUUCUCUUAGUGACCGACCGCUAGAUUUUUUGGACCUAGAAAAACCUCCACAGCAGACACCUCAAAGUGAAGAGGUCCGCUCGGUGGGGAGGCUGAAGAGAGAGCGCUCCAUGAGUGAGAACGCCACGCGGCACAACGGGCAGCUGGCCCGCAACGAUUCCAUGUGGCCCAGAUCAGAUACUCUCCCAAGAAAUAAAAUGCCACGGUUCCAGUCUCCUCUUUCGUCUAAGGACUGCACUGUGACACCAUCACUGCAACAGGCUCGUGUCUGUCCUCCCAAUAUGUUACCCGAAGAUGGAACUAAUCUUUACUCUGCUCGUGGCAUUUUGUCGUUUAUCCAGUCUUCCACUCGUAGGGCUUACCAGCAGGUCUUGGAUGUGCUGGAUGAAAACCGCAGGCCGGUGCUACGUGGUGGGUCCGCGGCAACCUCCACCUCUAACCCUCAUCAUGACAGCACCAGAUACGGCCUGUCCAACCUGGAUACAGCGCUCGAGGGGACGCCGGAUGACAUGACGGUGGUGGAUGCCGCUUCCUUACGGAGACAGAUAAUCAAGCUUAACCGCCGCCUACAACUUCUAGAAGAAGAAAACAAAGAGCGUGCUAAAAGGGAAAUGAUCAUAUAUUCAAUUACUGUAGCGUUCUGGCUACUCAAUAGCUGGCUUUGGUUUCGGCGCUAGACACAGCUCUCGCAAAGAUUUAGCAGUUGAAAACACAAGUAAUUUGCAAAACCCUUUUGUUUCUGUUUCUGAAUUGUAUGCUGUUUUAUAAUUCAUACACUGGAAACUCCCGCCACAGACAAAGGCUAUAGAAUUGCAGUGUCAAAGGGACACUCUGUUGUUUCGUUUUAACGUAUUUAAUAGAUUUGCAUUGCAAAUACCUGCCGUGUCCUCCUUUGCAUGCAUCAGUGUCA